UCUCUCUUCCCAGAGAUCGGAGAUUCCAAUGAUAUCCUAUUUUAGUUAAAUCUCUGUAACAACCACGCAAUCUCAUGCACUUCUUCCAAUGGAAAAGACUAGAAAGGACCCAAAAUCCAAAACUGCUGAUAUACUAGCUUGCACGAUCUCUACAGCAAAAGCGGGUUUCUCUUUGAGGCCUCACCUGACUUGGCUGACCUGCUUUUGCUUUUCCUUCACUUUCCGGUGAAGAGAGAGUUGCAGAAAGGUUGGACAUCUUUCAAAGAUUUUACAUCUCAAAUAAUCUGUACUUGAUUUAAAGUUGAAAUAAAUCUUGUAUUUUCUCCAUUCUUAAUAAAUGGCUGAGGAGAGGAACGAUAUCCUGGUAACCCCAGCAAGAACUAUGUCAGCAGAUAGUAGUUUGAGGAACUCAACAGGAAAAACCAGUACAUCAAGCAGUAGAGAAAAGAUCAUUCCUCCUCAUUAUCUCAGAGCUUCCACUGGUUCCUGCCAUGAUUUCUGUAAAUAUGGUAGGCAACAUGCUUUUGAAGCCAAGGGAAAACGUCGCAUUCCGAAAAGAGUUAGAACUAUUGUGACUGAAGGCGUUUAUUCAUUAAAUACUGAAAGAAAGAAGAAACCCUCUGUCAAGCUUAGGCCUUUUCUUGAUUCGAAAACCCAGUUCCCCAACAUUUCUGAAAUAAUCAAGCAAGUUUCAUCAUCUGUCAAGAAAAGAGAGGCCUCUUCAAAACAAGUUCUGUUACUGCCCAAGAAAAUAGGGGUCUCUCCCAGACAAGCUUCUCCAUCUGCCAAGACUAUAGUGGUCUCUCCAAAACAAGCUGUGCCACCUGACAAGGAAAUAGAGGUCUCUCCACAACAAGCUGUGUCACCUGUCAAGAAAAUAAAGGUCUCUCCAAAACAAGCUGUGUCACCUGCCAAAAAAAUUGAGAUCUCUCCAAAACAAGCUCUGUCAUCUGCCAGGAAAAUAGAGAUUUCUCCAAAACAAGUUCAGUCAUCUGCCAGGAGAAUAGGGAUCUCUCCAAAACAAGUCCUGUCAUCCGCCAGGAAAAUAGAGACCUCUCCAAAACAACCUCUGUCACCUGCAAAGAAAUUAGAAGCCUCUACAAAACAAACUUCUUUUCCUGCCAAGAGAGAUAAUUCAUCCCCAAAACCUGGUAGUCCUUUGAAACCAAAUUCUAUAGCGGCAAAGCCAUCUCCCCCCUCAGGUCUUUUAGGUGGUAUGGGAGGUAAAAGAAACAGUGACCUCAAGAUAGUGAAGAAAAUGGCUACUUCCAAAAUAGAUGAAAAGAAAGCAUUGAGGCCACUCAUAGCUUCUGUUUCCCAUAAACCUUCUGUCGGCGGAGUACCGAGCUUAAAUACAAGGACGUACAAAAUAGAUGAAAAGAAAGCAUUGAGGCCGCCAAAAGCUACUGUUUCCCCAAAACCAUCUGUCAGCAGAGUUCUGAGCUUAAAUGCAAGGAAGUAUAAGAACGUAAAACCAGUUUCAUCUCUGAAGAGUCAGAACAAGGUUAAGAAGGCUGAACCCAAGCUGCCCGACCCAGUCAAAGAGAAGACCUUGUAUGUCAUUGAACAGCCUGAAAGCAAAAGCUUGGAACUGGCCCCAAAUGGAACUCAUAUUACUCAAUCAUCUCCAUCUCCGUCUUCAUCAGCAUUGUCAUCAUCAUUAGAUUCCUCAUCUUCUCAGUCCUCUCCAUUGCUGUAUCCACAUGUGGAGGAAGAUAACGAGGAAUCAGAGUCUAUGCUUAGUGAAGCAGUUGACUCCAUUUCUGAAUAUGACGAGACCGAAGAAGAGAACCAAGUCGAGACUUUGAACAUGGAAGAUAAAAAGUUUGGAAGGGGAGCUGUUCACUCUGAAACUACAGAUUGCCCACCCCGAAAGUUAACAUUCAGGAGAGGAAGUGUAGUUAACAUUCAAACUGAGAACAAUGGCCCAAGAAGACUUAAAUUCAGGCAAGGAAGAUUGCUAGGGGAGAAUGAUGGUAAAGGUGGAAUUGGAAGGAGAAGCUUCAGAAGGAGGAGAGAUGGUGACACAGAUGGUACUAGACCUGAAUCUGAAAAGGUAGUUCUGAGACACCAGGAUGUGCAGGGAAAGAAGAAUGCUCAAGGUUUGUUUAAUAAUGUUAUUGAAGAGACUGCAAGUAAACUUGUUGAGACCAGGAAGAGCAAGGUUAAAGCAUUGGUGGGUGCAUUCGAAACUGUAAUCUCCCUACAAGAGAGCAAGCCUUCUACUUGUUGAGUUUGAAAUGUUGUUUCCCUCUUCUACCAUAAUGUGGUUUUGUAAAGAAUAAAUUUAAAAAAAUUAAUUUGACAGUGGAAUGAAUCUUACAAUUUUGUGUAAGCUGCAUGGGGUUAAUGAAGAGAGUUCAACCAAAGUGAGGAAGCUUAAUACAAAAUUGAAGGAUUUUCUUGUUUGUA